AUGGCGUGUUGUGAGGGAAACUUCGCCUCAGACGGGACCCACACCUGUACUUGCUCUCCUAGCACGGCGUUCUUUAUCCACUACCUACCUCCUACCACUACCAAAGUCCUUCUUCUACUCGCUUCCUUAAUAGCGAGGCCCCUUCAGAAGUCUCGGAUAGGGCUCUGCCUGGCUGUGGUCUACUGGAUUCGACGAUUUCCACAUCAUUUUGACGGUCAACAAUCGCUUCAACAGCUUGCGGUUCGUUUCCGAACAUUAGCAAGUGAUGUACCGGAAGAGACCCGAGAAAUGAUCGACGUCUCCAAUCUACCGUCGUACGCGUGGUUACGUGCGCUUUCUGUCCGGCAGCCGGUUGCCCGACAGGUUUCGUUGUCAUUUGAGCAAUGGAGCCCUGAGGACAUAUCAACGUCGUUGUCGCAUAUCGACUAUAAAGUACUUAGUAGGAUUUCUGUGACUGAGCUUAAACGUUACGUCAAAGACGGGUCACCAGCAAACACGCCAAUGUUGGAGCGAUCAAUAUCUAUAUUUAAUAAUCUCUCCAAUUGGGUACAAAUUAUGGUUCUCAGUAAAACAACGCCUAAGGAAAGGGCCAUUAUGGUAACAAAAUUUGUAAACGUAGGCAAGCAUUUGCGUAAAUUAUGCAAUUUUAACACUUUAAUGGCGGUCAUUGGUGGAAUCACUCAUAGUAAUAUUUCUCGUUUAUCAAAAACAAAUUCUCAACUGGCACCAGAAACUAGGAAGGAAUUAAAUCAACUCACAAAUUUGCUCUCGGUUCAGUCGAACUUCGGUGAAUACAGGAAAGCACUGAACAGUUUAGGAUCACACUUUAGGAUUCCAAUUAUAGGUGUUCAUUUGAAAGACCUCGUUGCUGCAACUUGUUGUGGUGCAAAUUUCGAUAAAACAAUGACCGUCAGUUUGAGGAGGUUGUAUCGCUUAGCAACUUUGCUUUCUCACUUUAUGAUCUUCAAUCAACGACAGCACAAUUUUCCAGAAGCAAAUCUGGACCUCAUCAACACCCUGAAAGUAUCAUUAGACAUCCGUUACAACGAUGAAGACAUCUACGAGCUAUCACUCCGACGAGAGCCACGGACUUUUAUGACGUUCCAACCCAGCCCUCCUGUUGUGUUUGCCGAAUGGGCAUCUGGCGUGUCGGCAACUCUCGAUCCAGAAACCGUUAAUAAGCAUGUCACGGCCAUGGUCGACGCUGUUUUCAAACACUACGAUCAUGACCGUGACGGUUAUAUCAGUCAGGCCGAGUUCCGUCAAAUCUCCGGUAACUUCCCCUUCAUCGAUCCCUUCGGCACCAUUGAUCUGGACAGGGAUGGCCAAAUAUCUCAUGAGGAGCUCAAGGCCUAUUUUGUGAAGGCAAACAACACUUCUGUAGAUUUUCGGCUCGGGUUCAAGCAUAAUUUCCAUGAGACGACAUUCCUGGCUCCGACAUCGUGUGGUCAUUGUGGCCGUCUGCUCUGGGGUCUGAUUCGGCAAGGAUGGAAAUGCAAGGACUGUGGUUUGGCAGUACAUUCUGACUGUAAAGCGAAUGCAGUGGCCGAAUGUCGGAGAAAGUCGAAUGCUCUCGUUGACUGGAUUGCGCCGAGGAGUGAAGGAUCAAGAAUCGAUCUGCUUUUCAGGAGAGGUAGCCGACCGAGAACAGUGUCGACGAUUUCCCAUGAUGGCGAGAAGUCAGGAUGCCUGAACAAGCUACAUUUGCCAUCUAUUCGCAGUGCGCGACCGCAGUCUGAGAGUGCCGAUUGCUAG